AUCAGAGAACUAAAUGAUGAUUAUUCGUUGGUCUACCCACCCUGCGUGGAGCUACCGCACACUGUAAACGUUUUUUCCAAUAGUGAUGGCGCCAGCAAUACUUCUGCCGGUAGUUCGGUUGAUGAUGUGUUUGUGGAUGCCGGAAUCGCGGAUAGUGAACGCGUGGAUGUCAGUGACUCGGAUUCUAGCUCCAUUGGUGAACAGGCUGAACUUACACGACCCAUACGUAUCCGUAAGGUACCGGUUAGGCUCCAAUACUAACCAUUCAUUAAUUAUUUCUUUUUUUAUUGUUACCCAUCUGAUCACUGUUAACAAUUUUCGGGAGAGAUGA